AUGGGUGGAGUUCCACUGAAUACCUUCAAACAGAUUAAGGAGAGCCUUAAGUCUAUCUUCAAGAGAAAGAAGAAGGGCGAUAAGAAGAACGCUCAGGCUGCGGAGCAAAAACCAGAAGAUACCACUGCCGCUAGUGCUUCACCAGCUACUGGUGAAGCUACCACCGAAGCAACCACCACCCAUGAGGCUCCGGCCGCGGAAUCCCAGGCUCCUACAGCAACGGGCCCGGCACAAUCGACGCCUGGCAUCUCUCCGGGUACCUCGAUACCAGAGCAGCUUCAUGAUGAGCAUGACGCACUUGCUCCGACACCCUUGCCUCAAAUCCCACCCAUAGAGACAACGGAAUCUGCCGCUCCUGCAGAGACCCCCGCCGCCCAGCCGGCAGCUGCAGCUCCUACUGAGCCCGCCAAACGUGAGUUG